UAUUUAUCGUCCACCAACAUCAGUUUUAACAACGAAUGAUACAUCCCAAAAGACAACUAUUCCAACGUUCCCAGCGUCAACAGAUGCUUUGAAAGACUGCAAAGAACUGAAUUUAAAAGGUUUCAAUGUUGAUGGAGUGUAUACAAUAUACCCGUACUUGCCUUUAACUACGUCAGUCAGAGUUUACUGUGAUAUGACGAUAGACGGUGGUGGAUGGACGGUUUUCCAACACAGAAAAGAUGGGUCAGUUGAUUUUUAUCUCUCAUGGGAUAGUUACAAAAAAGGCUUUGGGAAUGCAAGGGGAGAGUUUUGGCUCGGAAACGACCAUCUUCAUCAGCUGACAAGGUUGGGGAUAUUUGACUUGUAUAUUCGUCUAGAAAAAUUCACCGGAGGCUGGGCUUACGCUAGAUAUAACAAUUUCAGUGUGGCAGAUGAAUCAGAUGGAUACAGAAUGAGGGUUAAGUUUGGAUCUUAUCAAGGGAACGCUGGAGACUCUAUAGAAAGCCACGGAACCACAAAUACAAAUGGAAACAAGUUCAGUACUAGUGACGUAGAUAACGAUUCUGCACCAAGUAGUUGCGUCGUCGCACGCAAAGGAGCCUGGUGGCAUAACGUCUGUACGUGGGCAAAUCUGAAUGGAAUCUAUGGAAAUGGAACGUGUUUGAAAUUGGAAAACUGUAAUUUUUGGUAUUCUUUGACUAACAGCUUCAGUGGUGUAAAAACGUCUUUCAUGAUGGUUCGGCGAGUUUGACAAUAGAUAAAGAAUAUAUUUUUGAAU